AUGAAUACUUUAGAAAUUCUAGUAUAUAACGUACUAAUAAUCGCAUUUGCAUCUGCUUCAAAAACUUAUACCGAUUAUUGCAAACUUGGUUGUGCGUUGCCCAACACGGAGCAUGCCGUUUGCGCCAAUAAACAUAAGCAACUCAUCGAGAACUGCCCAUCGGAUACUAAGAUCAUCUCGUUAAACGAUAUGCAGGCUGUCAUAUUAAAAUUGCACAACGAACGACGUGACUUUGUGGCAAGCGGCAAAGAUGAAAGGCUACCCCCCGCUGCACGUAUGGGUGAGCUAUUUUGGGAUGAGGAAUUGGCCGACUUAGCUGAAUAUAGUGUUAGACGUUGUCUUAUCAGUGAUCCACAUUGCUAUACAACGCCUACAUUGCCCAAUCCGGGACGUAGUGCAAAUAUUUAUAAGUUUGAGAAGACACAAGUUCCAUUCGCGGAGUUAGUGCCGUCACGCAUAAUUGAUUGGCUGGAAACAUCGAGAGAGUGUACAGCGGAAAUGGCAGCGGACUUUCCAGAGAAUCCGGAAGGGCAUGUCGACUUCUUCGGUCGCGCCAUAACGGAUAGUAAUAAUCAAGUUGGUUGCGCGGCAUCCGAAUGGGUCAAGAAAUCAGAUAAAUAUUUUCUCUUAGUGUGUCUCUAUACAAAUGACGUGCAAGCGGGUAAACGUUUAUAUAAAUUUGGUCGACCUGGCUCGAGGUGCUUAACUAGCUACAGUGAGCAGUACAAAAAUUUAUGCAGUAUCCAUGAAAACUACAAUAUCACUGAUGCAAAGUACGAACGUAGAGCACUUUCCGUCUUUAACCCGACUUACAAAAAUAGAGCAGACUACAAUGCACCCGAAGGCAGUCUGUGGCAGUCAGUGCUUUGA